GAAUAACAGAAGAUGAUUUGGUUUCUCUCUUUUUUUUUUCAAAAACGGUAUUCAACUAUGAUUUAAUCCCAGAAAAGAUUAGGCUAGUAAUUUAUGGUGAUUGAAGUGGUAAUAGGUAAAAGAUGGAUCAUUAUCAAGUUUUAGGGUUGAGAAAAAAUGCAAGUAAGAAUGAAAUUAAAGAAGCUUUUAGGAAAUUAGCAUUGAAAUAUCACCCAGAUAAGCAUUCUGAAUCAUCUCAGAGAGUUAAAGAUGGAGUUACACACAAAUUCAGACAAAUUUCUGAAGCUUAUGCUGUUCUUAGCGAUGAUCGGAAACGAGCUGAAUAUAAUUUUAGAUCAACGUCAUCAAGCUAUGGUACUGGCGGUGGUAGUCGUCGUGGUGGUGCUGGUGGUUUUAGCGGUGGUACUUACGGGUAUGCUAGUGGGGGGAAUACUUACUAUGAACCACCUAAGUACACAGCCAAGGGUACCUUCAAUGGCAUCAAAUGGACUUUUAGUGGCGAUGUAAAUCCUAACCUUAUACGGAAUGUCGGUAUCAGCUUGGUCUUCGCUGGUGUGUUAUUAGGUGGAUCAGCACUUUUUAAUAUAGCUAGAGAAGCUAUCUGGAGGCUUAACAAUUCUGGGAAAUCAUUUGAAGAAACAAUGGAGUCCAUAGAAAAGAACAAAAGAGCGAAAAAGGAUAAGAGUUGAAAUAUGACGAGGACUUGGUAUUUAACUGUUUCCACCUUGUAAAUGCAUUCUUUACAUGAAUAGAGAGAACUGUUGCAUUUUUCAGUUUUCCUGUGAGAAAGAAAAGUGUUUCAACUUUCGACUGAUACUUGUGUAAAACAUCAUCAAGUGCGUAUAUCCUUUAUGUAUAGUAUGUAAUAUACAUCGCAUAGACAUCUGUUGUCCAGUAGUCUCCACAGAAAAUCUUUGAUUUCAUAGCUUGUCUGUGUGGGGGACAAUAAUCUCACAUUGAAGUAAAGCCUUGGCUAGACUGUAUUCCUCCA